AUGUGUUGUUAUUGGUUCUAUGAACUCGGUUGCUCACACUGUAAGGCAUUAAAAUACAAAAACGAAGCCAAUGGAUUGUGUUGCGCAAAUGGUAAAGUGAAAUUGAUACCAUUGGAUCCACCACCAGAACCAUUGUACUCAUUGGUUUCAGGAAUAGGAACAGAUUCUAUACACUUUUUGACAAAUAUCCAACAAUAUAACAAUUGCUUUCAAAUGACUUCAUUUGGGGCAACAAAUGUAGUUCGGGAAAAUUUUAUGCCAACUUUCAAGAUACAAGGGCAAAUAUAUCACAGAGCAGGUUCACUGUUACCAGUGUCAGAUAGCGACAACAAAUUCCUGCAAAUUUAUUUUAUGGGCAAUUCACCACAAGAAAUUGAUCUGCGUUGUGCACAUAACAAUUUAGUAAAGAGGUCUAUUGUAGAACAAUUACAAACUUUAUUUCAUCAACACAAUCAAUUGAUUAUAUUGUUUAAAACUGCCCUGGAUCUGAUGCCAUCCGAUAGUAGUAUACAUUUCUCAGGCGCAAAACGAAGAAACAUUAUUAAUGAUACAGCCAUAUCAAAUGAACCAUUUGAUUUUUCUUCUUCAGUGAUUAAUUCUAAAUUUGAAGAACCUCCAACUGAUCAGCUAUUUAACUUUAGUUUAUCACCGUCAGUUAAGAAAGGAUCUGGUUUAUAUAAAGAUGUAAUACCUCAUACACAAUUAGUGUAUUAUGAUGAUCCAAAUGAAUUAGUUGUUAGAUUAAAUCUUUUAACAUCGUCCCAAAAUGCUGGUAAUACUGGUGUAAAUAAUGAAAUCAUAUCUAUUAUAGAAGAAUUACGUGAGAGGAAUAUUAUAGUUUAA